UACUUUUGGAAAUUGGAAAAAUGUUGGAAACUAGUCCUCAGACCAGAAAAAAAUAUGUUUGUGUGAAUUGUGGUAGUCCUAUCAAGAGUUUGUAUAAGAAGUACAGUGCCAGUGUCUUAAAAUUAAGAGAAUGUGAAAUUUGCCAUAAUGUUGCUGAUAAAUAUGUAGAAUAUGAUAUUGUUAUAAUUGCUAUUGAUUUAGUGCUCCUUCAAAAAACUGCGUACCGGCACAUUCUCUUUAAUGUGGACUUUAAGAAUUUUUGGAAAUUAUCAGUUAUCCUUUUAUUAAUGGAAGCCUACUCAGAGUUGAUGAGAGGCACUCCGCGCCAGGCGGUAAAAAAUGAAGAAGAGGAAGAAAAACUCUUCCUGAACGAAUUUAACGAAAUGACUGAUUUCUUGUUUUACAAGCUCAGUUUCAACGUUGCGUUAAAAACAGCAGCUUUCAUGUCAGUAUUACACUACCUAACGAAAAUAUACUGUAAGGUUUUGGGCAAAAAUGUGAUCACGUUUAUGACGAUGUGGAAGACGUUAACUAUUUCAAGUUUUGGCACCUUUUUACUUUUGCCGUCUCUGAUCUGGGACACAAGUGUCCAAGAGGUGCACCUUUGUGUCGUGUCUUUAUUCACAACAAUGUCACAAUUAUUGGCAUAUACAGUUGUGUGUGACUGUCCCAAGCUCUGGAGCAUCACUGCGAUUUUUUGUGCUUACUAUUGUAAAAUUUUUUGUUUUGAUUUUUUCCAAAUGAUUGUUACAAGACUGACUUAAAUAAAUUGAUCAAGAGUU